CCACCCACGUGCUUCAACGGAGGCAGCAGCACGCACUUUCUGCGGCUCUGCCCGUCCGAGCGCAGCGACAGGGGGCGUCCGACGUGUUGCCGAAGCGCAGGCGGUGGGUGCAGUCGGGGCCGCUGUAGGGAGGGAGGGAAGUGAGGAAGGGAGGGCGAGAGGAGAAGGAGGGAUGGAGAUGGAUGAUAGAUGCUUAUGUAGCGCGUCCCGUACGUUUGCCGUUAUGCUCGGCCGCAGACAAACUUGCAUCCUCCCGUGACUUUCUUUCUUUCCCCUGCUGCUCCACCACCCAUGAAGCAGGACGCAGGGCGAAUGCGUGCCACUGCCAGUGUUCCGGAACGCGUCGUGAUCGCUUAUUUAUCCGUCUGAUAAAUGGUUUUGGAGCUCACCGCGCCCGCCGGUGCAGGCCCUGCGCUCCAGCGCUGCAUCCCGCACAUCCAGCGGGUUUUCCGGGUCAGAGUGAGCUGCAGCACCGCAGAGUCCAGCUGCAACAUCCCCAACGCCGGCUCCAGUAUCAUCGUAAACAUCGAGGACGGCAAGGAAGAAGACUGCACUAAAGCUAAAGAGUACAUUGUGUCGCUGAUCAGUCCUGUUCAUAAACACCGUGAGCGUUUGACUCUUUGGCUGCAGCGGCGACUGCAUGCCCUACGCACAGCUAUUGAGUACGAGAGCUGCGCCGUGGUGCAGGUGAGGGACCAUGCACUGGAGCUUCAGGGAGGUCAUGCGCAGGUAACAGCUGCGUGCGCUAUGCUGCAGCGCCUGAAGAUGGAGCACCGCGGCUGCCGCGACCCCCAGCCCUCGCCGGCUGCUGCUGGCCACGACUCUCCAGAAGAAGAGGAGGAGGAGGAUGAAGCUGGGGAAGAGGGGACCAGUUCGGAGAGCGAAGGAGAGGGGCGGUCGCGGAGCGGGAGUUCUGGAGGAGGAGUCAGCACAGCGGGCUCAGGAGAUGGAACGACGGGUAGGAGGCGGGACCCGCUCGUAGCAACCAAACCUCACCGGCAGCUGUGCCGCUCAUCUUGUUUGGACCGUCCCAGCUUCAGCCAGAGCAGCACCUUGCAGGAGCUACGCUCGGAUGACACCCGCACUGACCCCUCCCAGAGAGCCCUUGCUCCGCCCGUCUCAGCCCAAAUGCCCUUACGUCAAACCAGCGACCGAGAUUACCAAUCCAAAAUGGACUUCGCUCUAAAACUGGGCUACUCCGGAGAGCAGGUGGAGUCUGUGCUGGGUAAACUGGGAGCCAGCGCGCUAAUCAAUGAUUUAUUGGCCGAGCUGGUGCGGCUUGGGAAUAAAGGAGAUCCAGAGAGCCAGGCAGCAGUGGGCACUGCCAGUUUAGCACCACGGGUGGUGGGAGCCAAAGAAGCCGUAAGCCCCGAGGCAUCACUGGAAGAAGACUCAUCAGACAUGUAUGAGAACCUCAGACCAAUUGUGAUAGAUGGAUCCAAUGUUGCCAUGAGCCAUGGAAACAAAGAGGUGUUCUCAUGCCUGGGCAUUCAACUGGCUGUUGAUUGGUUCCUGGAGAAGGGCCACAAAGACAUCACAGUUUUCGUCCCAGCAUGGAGGAAAGAACAGUCAAGACCUGAUGCACCAAUCAAAGAUCAGGAGAUCCUACGGAAAUUAGAGAAGGAAAAGAUCCUCGUCUUCACACCGUCUCGCAGAGUUCAAGGCCGGCGAGUGGUUUGCUACGAUGACCGUUUUAUUGUCAAGCUGGCCUGCGACUCGGACGGGAUCAUCGUGUCCAACGAUAACUACAGAGACCUGCAGAAUGAGAAACCGGAGUGGAAGAAAUUUAUUGAGGACCGACUCCUUAUGUACAGCUUCGUCAAUGACAAGUUUAUGCCUCCUGAUGAUCCUUUAGGCAGACACGGACCCAGUCUGGAAAAUUUUCUCCGCAAACGACCAGUGGUUCCAGAGCACAAGAAGCAGCCGUGUCCUUAUGGUCAGUACAGCAAAAGUAAGAAGUGCACGUACGGCCAUAAGUGCAAGUACUACCACCCAGAAAGAGCCAACCAACCACUACGGGCUGUUGCAGACGAGCUCAGAGCCUUCGCCAAACUCUCCGCUGUAAAAACAAUGAGCGAGGGGGCACUUGCAAAAUGUGGGACCUCUGGUUCUGCUGCCAAGGGAGACAAUAGCUCAGAGGCAAAGCGAGUGGCACCCAAACGCCAAUCUGACCCCAGUAUCCGGUCGGUUGCGUGUGAGCAGGAAGAGAGACUUUGUCCAAUGCGGAAGGCCGAGGCCAGUUCAGUACCAUCUUUAGUGUCAGCGCUUAGCGUUCCAACUAUGCCAUUGACAAAAAGUCAUGCAGCGGGCGCUCUGAACACUCGUUCCGCGAGCAGCCCUGUUCCAGGGUCUCUGCACUUUACCCACAGCUCACUUGAGCAUGCGGGCAGCAUCCAAUAUCCCCCCAUCCUAGUCACCAAUAGCCAGGGCGCAUCUGUGGCUUAUGGUGAGCCGUUUCCCAAGUACGACUCUGUGGUAAGCGACCACGGCUACUAUUCCAUGCUCAGUGACUUUUCCACCAUGAGCCUCCAAGACAGUUUCUGCAGUCUUGAGCAGUCAGAUCCUGUAGGGGUGGGUGGAGGAUAUCCUGGCAGAGCUCCAGGUAUGUGCCCAGAACCCAGCCGAAGCCAUUCGUCGGACUCCUUCUCGUCCUACAGUGGAGAGAUGUACCUCAACUCAUUGGAGGGCAGCCUGGACGACAGCAUGAAAGGGCCACCUUCGCAGACUCAGAACCAAUGUUCGGCACAAACACGCCUUCAAGCCUUUUCUCACGGUUUCCACCAUGAGGCCUUGACGCGUGUGCAGAGCUACGGAACGGAUGAACCCAAACCGGGUCCUCGGAAGCAAUCCUCCGCCCACCUUGCACCUCACUCCCAACACCAGGUUGUCAGUGCUCGUUCCAGCUGCCCAGGAGACUACCCUCCUCUCACCCAGAAUGUGUUGCCUUCCGUCAACCCUUCGCAGCAGGGUCGAUCCUUAGGUAUGACUCGCAUGGACAGCAUCUCUGACUCGCGGCUCUACGAGAGCAACCCACUGCGCCAACGCAGACCGCCUCUUUGUCGAGAGCAGCAUGCCAGCUGGGACCCUUUGCCAUGCAGUAACGAACCCUACGGCUACGGAUGCUAUGGUUUAACGGGAGGACUCAUGCCUUGUUGUGAGAGGGUGAUGGUCCGCAGCAUGCCCGAGAAGAUGGAGCAGAUCUGGAGGUCACCGUGGGAUAGCGUGCCGCCUCCACAGCCCACCACUCGUGGGCUAGUGGGGGAACUCCAAGAGCGGCACCCUAUUCCAGAACACCAGUUUCAAACCUACCGAAACCUCUGUAACAUCUUCCCGGCGUAUGUGGUCCAUUCAGUCAUGGAGAAGAACCCUCACAUGACCGAUCCCCAGCAGCUGGCUGCCGUCAUCGUCACUAAACUGCGCUCUUGCCACUAAGCACAUCACAAGAGGCUGCUAACAACAGCACCACAUGAUAUAUUGAUAUCCUAGUGGAUGAGAAAUUGGACACCUCAAGUGUUUUGUGUUUUUGUUUAGCUCUUAAGAAACAGCCAUCCCCCAUACGUAAUUCUGAUUGGAUUGGAUCCAUUCGAAGGUUGGCUAGCAUGAUAGCAUUGAUGCUGCAUCGGUUGUUAUGUCAUCUGUUAAGCCAUAUGGGAGCCUGGAUCUUGUACCUGAUAAGUUUAGCAUAGAAAAGUGAGAUCCCUCAACAAAACAAAAGUCUUCUGCAAAGUCCUGAUUUCUCCACCAUUCAGCUCCUGAGAUGGGCCAAAAGGUUCUUGAGCCGACUCGAAAGUGUAUCCACAUUGAAAGAGCAACUCUGCCUGCCAGUUCGAUGGCAGAUCUUGAGAAUGUGUUAUUUUGUGGGUUAUGAUAACAUUUAUCCUUUGAAAAGGAAUUACAUGAGAGAAAUCUCUUUAGUAAAACCGAUCAGAAAUGAUCCUGCACAAUA